CCAUCGGCUGCAUCGCCAUGGCUACCGCCUUGUUCAGUAGUAACGAAGAGGACGUGAUCCAUAGAAAACUCAGCAUCGCGGAACCAGCAGGCAGUCUGAUCACGGAGAAAGAGCUGGACGAGGUGUACGAGAUUGAGAAAACUGUUGCUUUCAUCCAGGAGAAAGAUGCCCGGAGGGUGGCUCUACAGUUUCCCGAUGAGCUCUUGGAGGAUUCAGUCACGAUAGCCAGAAAACUAGAAGGAGCCACGGGAGCCAAAGUCUACAUCCUGGGAGAUACCUCCUAUGGCAGCUGCUGCGUGGACGAGGUAGCCGCACAGCACGUGAAUGCGGACGUUCUUGUUCACUAUGGAAGAGCCUGUCUCAGUCCGUGCAUCCGCCUCCCGGUGUCGUAUGUGUUCGGACGCAAGGCAGUAGAUGUCAACCUAUGUGCAGAAGUAUUUCGAAAGUUAUCCCCUGAGCCUGAGAGUGCUGUGGUCAUCCUGAGCGAUGUGGUUUACCAUCAUGCUAUAGCGAUGCUGGAAGCCCUGCUUGCCCCAGGUUACCCCCAUGUGAUCUUCUCCAAGUUAACAAAGUACGAGGAACUUUCCUCCGAUGGGGAUGUCUUGAAAUCUGGCCGCAGAUUCUCACCUGAUCCAAAGCUCUGGCCAGAUGGCUACAGCUUCUUCUACGUAGGAGGGGAAGGUCCAACGCUCAACAACUUCAUGCUUACCUGGCCACGUUGCCCAUUUUUCAGCUUUAACCCCGAGACAGGCGAGGGCCGGAAAGAAGGACUCAACGUGAACCGCGCUCUGAUGAGGAGAUUUUACUUAAUAGAGAAGGCGCGUGAUGCCAAGGUCGUUGGCAUUCUGGUGGGCACACUAGGUGUCUCUGAUUACCUCUCUGCUCUAAAACACCUGAAGGACAUUAUCCAUCUGGCUGGAAAGAAGAGUUACAUGCUGUCCAUGGGCAAGCUCAACCCGGCCAAAUUGGCCAACUUCCCAGAGGUGGACGUUUUUGUUUUAGUCGCUUGUCCUGAGAACUCUCUGUUGGACUCCAGUGGCUUCUACCGGCCGGUAGUUACUCCAGAUGAGAUGGAGGUUGCGUGCAAUCCAGCACGGGAGUGGAAAGGUUACUGUAUCACGGAUUUCAGGGAGCUGCUUCCAGGUGGCUCUGCCUAUGUAGAGUUCCCAGAGAUUGACCCCUCGGACUCCGAUCGCACAGACGUCUCUCUGAUAACCGGGGGAUUACGCUCGUUCCAACUUUCUGCACCAGAAGCUCCACUAAAAGAGACCGAUAUGACUCUGGCCCAAAGGAAUAACAAUACUACAAUGGCUGAGCUGGGGCCGGCAGCAUCGUUUUUGGCUUCUCGUAGCUGGCAGGGUCUGGACAAGGCAUUGGGUCAGACGGCUGCGGCGAAAGCAGUGGAAGGCCGCAGGGGAAUCGCCAUAGCGUAUGAGGAUGAAAUAAACAGCUGACAUGGAAAUCUAUUAUAAAGAGACGGAAUCUC